CAAUACCAAAACGGUAAUGUACCGUUCGCGGCCGCAUGGUAUUUGCCGUUGACUUUCGCCUGGUCACACCGCAGGACGCUUCGCCAUUUUAUUUUAAAUUAAAAGAUAGGAGACGCUUCGCCGGAAUACUCAGCACUACUAUUCAAUUCCAACAGGGUACUUUCGCACGUCAGAAUAGUCGCCAUGCAGCGCCACAAGGAACUGUACAAGGAGCAAUCGCUGGUUCUGAGCCCGCGCAACCAUUGCCAGGAGAACCGAAAUCGGUUGCAAGCAGCGCGCGCCAAAAAGCGGGAGGAUUGUUUUUACCAGAACCGCAUCAUCAGUGUGAGUCCCACGCCCGGCAAAAAGAAGCCAUGUGUGGCGGUCCAAGAGGCUGUCUCCCAGGAGAACGUGGUUCCUGGCCUGCAGGGUCAACAGCACCCUGAGCCGGAAAAGAAGGACGUAUUGGAGAAGCCACCGCAACCAACCGCAAAACCCACUCGCCAGUCUGUAUUCCUUAAGCGCUACACGGAAUGGAAGAACGCGAGGAGCAAGGAGCAUAAGACACGGGAGCAAUCGCGUCGGGGGGCAGCUAUUAGAGCGCCUCCUGUCAAUCAAUCAAAAGCCUUUCCCAAGUCAGAAACAUUCCGAGUUCCCGACAACCUGGCUACUACCAAGCAGAAGGAGGCAGUUGUGCUCCAGCCGAGCAAGCGUUGUUCGCUCUACGUGAUUGCCAAUCCCGUAAACAACAUUAAGGGAAAGGCGUCCGCAGCCACCUAUUCAUCAAAUUCAGCUUCUUCGGUUAUCAAGCCGAUGUCUGCAGCUCUCCUUGUUGGCAAGACAGCGCCCGCUGCACCUCCUUCCAAAAAUGUGACUUCAGCUCCUGCAGCAAAACCAGUGACUGCCGCUUUGAAGAGGCAGAAGGCAACUCCUGCUACAAAGCCAAGUGCUCCCCGUCAGACCACGAAUCCGGUAGCUUUAGCCAGGCAGAAAGCAGCUGCUCGACCCCUUCCCACUGCCAGUGGCAAUACCAGGGACAGGAUGGCAGCAUCUGAAGCCAAGAAUAACAAUAAAGUAAAAACGGACCCAGUGCGGCCACAACCUUCAGGAACCAGCUUGAAAGCAAGAGUUCCUGCGUCUACGGUGCCAAGAGUAGCUAGACUGGCAAAUGUGAUGUGUCAGCCGUUCGAUAAACCUUCUGUAAGCAGAGCGCCGGUUACAGAUCGGGCGAACGUGGUGAAGCCGCAAUCCAUUCGUGGCGGAGGUGGUGCCGUUGGAAAAUUUAAGGACUCGUCCGGAGUUGCCAGAAAAACUGUUGGUAAUUCCAUGCGUAUGAAGGCCAUCAAUCAGAAAAAACAGUACACAAAGCUGCAGGACAACGUCAAAAAGCUUCCUCAGCUCAAAGCAGAGUUGCUGCAGGCAGCUACACUUGAGAUACCGCCACUCACGCCGCUGGAGGAGAUCCCCUUCCUCGACCAUGCCACAUCCACCCAGUGCAAGACCAAUAAAAGCAGCAGCAAUCUUCUGGAGGCUUUUGGUGACAUCUUGCUGAGUCCGGUGGCACCGGCUCAAAAUGCGGAAGAUAGUACAGUCAAGAGGCAAUUGUUGCCGGCGGAUGAGGCCGAACUGCCAGCUCCGGUGGCAAAGAAAAAAUUCGACUUCUCGCGUUACUCUGUGGCUAACUCACCAGCGGAGGACUCUCUAAUCUUAGAUUCCCAACAGUCGACCCUUAAGAAAAUUGUCGGAGAUUCUACUUUGGUGCCAGAAACGGAGAAGACACCUCCACGCCGUGAGUCCAACGGAAUGCCGAACUAUCUUAGCCCGUUUGUGAGCGUCUCCCGCGGGAAGGUAAACUCUCGCUGCGAAAAGGAAAAGCGGAACAGUUUCUACCUGUCCGACGAGGAGUCGCCGUUGGAAGUUCGCCGUGCCAUCGAGUCCGUUCUGUACUUCAGGCUACAGCUGGAGAAUGAGAUCGCGCGACUCCAAACCCUGUGCAGCGAAUGGGAGGCGUAUAGCAAGCAAAACGAGGAACUUUUGCGGGAAACGGGGGGCAUAGAUAUGAUAAACGUGACCAUCGGGCAGACACGGCUGUUAACCACUAAAAAAAUGAUGCAAUUUAGCGGUCUGAUCGAUCGUUGCGAGGCCGGCGCCACAGGCAAGAACCGCCAACCAAACGAUGGAAGCGAAGACACAAAGCCGGUACAGGCGGAGGAUCUGGAGGGAUGGUGGGACAUGUUGCGCCUGCAGAGCGAGAACGUGGACAAGCGAUUCGAAAAUUUGAAGCGUUGGAAGGCCAACGACUGGCACGAUCCGGAUGCAUUGGCUGAGGAACCCAUUCAGCCAAAGCCGAAGCCUAAGAUUAAUCGCAACAUGAAGGUCAAGUCAAAGGCCAAGCCAUCCAGCAAUCUGAAGCAGUUUCUGCGCAAAGCCCAUGCCAAUUUAAAAAAGAAGGUUGAGGAGCCGCCGAUGGAUGACGGCGCUCCUUCGACUUCCUCGCGAGUCAGCUCGCCACGGGUAAUUGUGGUUCGUAAUCGUAGGUCCUUUUCGCCUGCUCGCACUGUUCUCCGUAUGUCCAGCGGUGAGGGACGUCAAUCCAUUGCGCCAAAUGCGCUUCUGAAAUCAGCUAUUCUUGCGGCCGCCGAGCAGAAUGCGACCAAGACACCGCCGCCACAAACGCGAACCUCCAUCCUUAAAACGCCGGGAACUAUAAAACGGCAGAGCCGAGCCGUCCUCUUCAGUGCCAAGAAGAGCGUACGCCGCUUCCAGUUCACCUACGAGGAGGGCAACCUUAGCAACGACGAGACGUUGGGCGCCGACAAGCUGGAAGAUUGUGAGGAAGAUAUGUCGCUGGAGGCUUCCUCGGAACGUCGAUCCAUUGAGCAGGAUCCAGAAACGGAUCAAGCCAAUGGAAAAACCCCUCGCACUUAUACUCUGCGCAACCGGCGAGUGAAUCUGCGUCCUUCGUCAGAGUUCAUGUAGGGUUGGGCUUAUGUAUAGAAUUGUUUAUAUUUGUAGUCCUUAGUUUAAUUUUAUUACGGAGAGCCAUUAGGUGUUAAUUGUUCAAGAUGUUUAAAUGUAUAAUUGACUCUUUAAAUAUUCGAUGUUAACGUUUUGUGAAAAUUUAAUCGUCUUAGUUCUCAUAAGUUUUCCAAAAUAUCUUGAUAUAUGUAGUUUACACAACAAAAUCAAUAAACCAUGAAUUAAA